CUCAGAGCCCCAGAGGACAGAGCGUGAUCUCACACCAGGCUCGGGUGUGUCACACUGAGAGUGGGAGGGCCUCUCCAGCUCCAGGAAGAUUAGCUGAGCACCUGUUAGUGUGUGUGAGUCACAGCCAAGUGCAGGAAGUGGAGCACCGAACCACGUCACAGGGAAACAUGCAGAGCAUUAGCUCUCCGGGAGGCCGCGUCCUCUCCGAGGACCAGUUCAGCUGCUCCAUCUGCCUGGAGGUGUUCGUGGAGCCCGUCUCAACGCCCUGCGGCCACAGCUUCUGCAAGGCCUGCCUGCAGGGCUACUGGAACCACAGCAAGAAGCUCUCCUGCCCCAUGUGCAAGAAGAACUACUCCAAGAAACCCGAGAUGAGCGUCAACAGGGUCCUGGCUGAGAUCUCCUCCCAGUUUCAGGGGCUGUUGAUGGCCGGAGGGGCCACCGUGGACGGAGGGGCCUCCUCGCGAGGGUCCACGCUGAACCUGAGCUCAGAUUCGGGCCACGGUGGCCCAUCAGGGAUCGAUACCGGGGAGUUUGCCCAGCCUGGGGAGGUCCCGUGUGGUGCCUGCAUUGGGAGGAAGUUAAAGGCGCUGAAGUCUUGUGUGAACUGUCCCGGGUCGUUCUGUGAGACGCACCUACGGCAUCAUAAAAAGGUGAAGUCUCUGUCGUCUCAUCGUCUCAUCGAACCCACUUUCCACCUGGAGGACAAGAUCUGUAAGAAACACGAACGUCUCCUGGACGUCUACUGCCGCACCGACCACGUCUGCAUCUGCACGGCCUGCGCCGAGGCCACGCACAAGUCCCACGACAUCGUCACCACCGACCACGAGUGGAAGAAGAAAAUGAGUAACGUGGGGAAGAGGAGGUCGGAGCUGAAACACUUGAUCAAGGAGAGAGCCAAGAAACUGGAGGAGAUCAAACAAUCCAUCAAGGUCAUCAAGGCCAGCGCUCAGAAGGAGCUGGAGGAGAGCUGGCAGGUUUACGCCGAGCUGCAGCGUCUGGUGGAGCAGAGUCAGGCGGAGCUGGUGGAGCUGAUCGCCACGCGGCAGCGGGAGAACGAGCGCCACGCCCAGGAGCUGGCUCGGGGGUUAGAGAACGAACUGAGUCAGCUGAGGAGGAGGAGCAAUGAGCUGGAGGCGUACGCACAGACCCAGGACAAAAUCAUCUUCCUUCAGAAUAUUGUGACGCUGCCGCCCCCGCCGGAGCCCGCUGAUUGGUCGGCGGUCAGCAUCAACACCGACCUUUACCUGGGAACCAUCCGCUCGUCCGUCUGCAGCCUCAUGGACAAGUUCCAGGAGGAGCUGAAAAGACUGUACGGGAAAGAGCUCCGGAAGGUGCAGAACUACUCCAGUGAGGUGAUCCUGGACUCUUCCACGGCCCAGAGGCACCUGCUUGUGUCUGAGGACGGUCGCCAGGUGAGGUAUGAGGAGCGUAAGACCUCCCACACCGAGGGUCCUAAACGCUUCAGCCCCGCCCUCUUCGUCCUGGGCCGAGAGGGUCUCAACUCCGGGCGCCACUACUGGGAGGUGGACGUGGGGCGCAAGACGGCCUGGACGCUCGGCGUGGCCCGAGCUUCAGCUCGCCGCAAGGGCGAGAUCAAGCUGAGUCCUGAGGGCGGGUUCUGGUGUCUGUGGCUGAAGAACGGGGAGGUGAAGGCUCUGGCAUCGUCCCGCCUGCCUCUCAUGCUGCAGGCCCAACCCACUAAAGUGGGGAUCUUCCUGGAUUAUGACAGAGGCAAGAUUUCGUUCUACGACGUGAAGGCGCGGCUGCAUCUCUACACUUUUUCUGAUUCCUUCAGCGAGAGUCUGUAUCCGAUCUUCAGCCCGUGUCUCGUCCAGGAGGGAAAGAACACUUCUCCCCUCAUUAUAACUCCUGUUAAACACACCUGAGAUAUUUUGAAACAUUACCCACGACAACACCUCCUCAUGGAAUGAGCUGGCUGUUGCAUUUGUCGAGUAAAGUAAACGUCUGUACAGAACGAACAUCGGUUAAUCCAUCAAACUAAAGCAACUCUGUGUCAUUUUUUUAUCCUUAUUGAAGAAGCAGCUUUAAAAUGAGUCCGAUGUUCGAGUGUGAACGUGGAGAAAGUUUCCUCCUUCACUCCGACGCUCAGAAGUUCUUAACAACCAGAGUUUAUCUCCAAAGUUCAGCAGCAAACUUUA